UCCAGGCUUUUGUGAAAGGAAAAAACUGCAAAAAUCUUGACUCAAAACUAUGCCUACAAACAUGCUAUCAAAUAAAAGGUUAUGGAUGCACGGAACCAGACAACUUUACGAACACAUUGACCCACCCAGCUAUAAUGAACCUUGGGAACGCCACUGUCAUCACCUCAAUUCCGGACAAUGAAAACAUACCGAAACAAUACUUCGACCUAGCUACACGCAGAAGAGCAGAAUUCCAAGCGAAAACAGAAGGGGUUGUAGAUUACAUCGGACUACUGGUACGACGAAUUGAGGACAAAAGAACUAACGCCAAUAGACCCUAUGUUGUUUUAUCAUUCAAAGACUGCAGCAAUCAAGACAUUACAGUUGCGCUCUGGGAAGAAAUAGCCACAGUCAAAAGUCGGUUCAACAGGGCUGAAAUAGACGCUGCAUCAGCACCUAUAAUACUAGCAAUGACAACAUUAAAAGCAAAGAUAUAUUAUGGCCAUGGAAUCACAGGAACACUACAGCUAUCUUCAACAAGUGCUACACAUGUCUACCUAAAUCCACAAACAGUAGAGACUGAAACUUUAAAAGAAAUGUACGAAAAAUCGGAUAUGCACAACUGCGAAAUCACUACGACAACAGACCUAGAGGUUCCAAUUUCACACCUACUCCAAGGCAAUUCUGGGAUAAUUGGCAAGCGUUUCACAAUAAAGGGGAAAAUAACAGAAAUCAUGUCAGACAAGAAUUGGCACUACAAUGCAUGUCCUAAAUGUCGUCAAACAAUGAUACAAACAGGUUCUGAAUGGUUCUGUGUAGAUGAUGGCACCUAUGACAACGCAGUUUACAUGUGGGUAUCUAUUAAACUCAGUUCUAUAAGAAAAUCAUAA